CACGCGGCCGCCGUAGGGCGGGCGGAGUACGGUGGCCGCGGGGCGGCGGCGAACGGGCUCCGCCGGCCGGCGCGGGGGCCGCCAUGGGCAACCUGUUUGGCCGCAAGAAGCAGAGCCGGGUCACCGAGCAGGACAGGGCCAUCCUGCAACUGAAGCAGCAGAGAGACAAGCUGAGGCAGUACCAGAAGAGGAUCACACAGCAGCUGGAGAGGGAGCGGGCUCUGGCCAGGCAGCUGCUGCGGGACGGCAGGAAAGAACGGGCCAAGCUGCUGCUCAAGAAGAAGAGGUACCAGGAGCAGCUGCUCGACAGGACAGAGAAUCAGAUCAGCAGCCUGGAAGCCAUGGUUCAGAGCAUCGAGUUCACGCAGAUCGAGAUGAAGGUGAUGGAGGGGCUUCAGGUGGGCAACGAGUGUCUGAAUAAGAUGCACCAGGUGAUGUCCAUAGAGGAGGUGGAGCGGAUCCUGGACGAGACCCAGGAGGCCAUAGAGUACCAGCGGCAAAUUGAUGAGCUGCUGGCCGGCAACUUCACCCAGGAGGACGAGGAUGCCAUCCUGGAGGAGCUGAAUGCAAUCACUCAGGAGCAAAUGGACUUACCAGAGGUUCCUUCGGAGCCCCUUCCUGACAUAAAUCCAGAAGCCCCUGCCAAGGCCAGAUCCAGGCAGGCAGAGCUGGUGGCGGCCUCGUAACUGGGACUCUCCGGGGACUCGCAGGGAUUCUCUGAGGACGGCCACAGAGCGUUCGGCUGCGUGUCAACCCUGAGGGCUCCCAGAAGGCCUGAAGGGCUGCACUAGUGGCUGCUGCGCUUACAUAGGCCCUGCGUCAGGGCCGCAACGCACCUUCGCAGUUUAGUCUGGACACACCACUGUCUUGCUCUCAUUCUGGAUUAAUGGACAUUCAGAGCCCAGCCAGGCCCGGCUUCAGGCAGCUGUGGUUCCCACCAAUACUCCUGGUGCUGUUCUCAUGGCUGACCCAGUCGUGUGACCUGCUCUCUUUUCUGAGGAAGCACUUCAGACCUGAGGUCCCUAUACUUCCGACUCGUCUCUGCUGCUCACAUGAGCUGGUGGGGGGCUUCAGUUAAGGGGUUCUCACAGUGCCUGGCCUCCUGCUAUCCCUGUUUCCCUGCAGGCUAGCGGCAUAGGGGACUGGUGUUCUCCAAACAUCUUGGGACACCUCUUUGGCAUUUGAGACUCGAGCCUCUUAUGUUUGGGGGAGGUGGACCAGGGCCACCCUGCUGAAUGGACAAAUCUAGGAGCCUGACUUGAGGUCUUCAGAGAAGACAGACCCUGCUCCAAUGGGUGUGCACCUCUACGGCAUCCUGCACACAGCUGCCAGUCCCAAAGCCACCAAUACCCAGGAGGUGUCGAGCUUGAAAGUGACUUCCAGGGUCCUGAGCUCAUUUGACACUGGACAGUCCCUGGUCCUCGGGCCUCUGGGAACACAGGGCUACCAGGAAAGGGUAUCUCUUCCUUAACCCAAAACAGGCCAGCUCCAGUAUUAAAGCUGGCCUCUGCAUGGUC